GGCGCGCAUGCGCGUUAGCGGUUGGCACGCUUGCUUUCUUAUUCUGGCUACCUGCCGCGUUUACGUUUCGUGUGCGCGACAUAUGCUCGAAUUAUUAUUAAAACGCGUUUCUUACCAAGUGCGUGUCCGAACAUAUAUAAAAAUGCAACGCUCGAAAGUCGCCGAGGAGAGGCGAGUGAAAAGGAUCGACGCGGGAAUUAAUCUGGACGCGAAUCGAAAGUCUUCGAGAUCGCCGGCGAAAUGAACCUUCUGGAAAUCAUCGAAUGACGUCAUCGACGUGUAUUCCUGUAUUUAAGAGUUAUACCUCGGAUGCUGAAGGAAUGAAAUAUCCAUUGAGACGUUGCUGGCCUAUCAUUGCCAUCUCGAUUCAUCGAUUGCGAUCGUCCAAAUGUGAAACGGAAUAUUUGCGGAACGGAGUAUUCGCGAAAUCUGCAUAAAGUCAUAUAUCACAAAUAAAUGAUAUAUAGUUCGGGAGUGCCGUGCAAAGUGUCGCGCGUCUAUUUUAAUUAAUUUCAAUUUCGAAAGCGUACAAAGUAUGUACAUCGCGUGUCCGGGAAUGCCGUGUGAAGUAUCGCGCGUCCGUGGAGUGUCGUGGACGGUUCGCGCAGUCGUAUUUUCGUCAAUGAGUGUAACAAUGCAAAAGGAGCAAAACCUGAGAGGACAAGGAGGAAGAGGAAAGUGUCGAACGAUAAAGAAACAAUCAUGAUAUCGAAAAUCGUGGCAUCGAUGGACAAGAGAAAUUGCAACCGUUCUGGAACAACUUGUCGUCGCUUGUUUAGGACCUUCCAACGCGCGGACGAUAGGCGCACACACCACGACCGAUCCGAUCCGGCGCACAACGGCCCUUCGGCCCUUCAUUCCCCGAGCGAGCAGAAUUCGUGACUAAUCGGCGAGGCGAGCGAAGCUGGAGCAUGUAACGGAGCGGAUGGGGAAUCGAGAAAGAGGAUUGAGAGGCUGAGAGGAAGCAUCAUCGCCAGAAUACGAAGUUGAGAUAAAUAGGAUGAUCAAAUAACCGUUGGAUAAAGACAUUCGAAGAUGAAUUGGCCAUUGGUGCUGACCUGCUUUUUGCUGCCGCAGUCGUGCAUCCUCGGCGCAUCGCGCGGCUGCACGUUCCCGGAGGAAUGGUACGGCCGGUGGUUCCAGUCUGGGAACACGGAUCUGGUGACCGUCAACGGCUCCGAAAUCACCAGCAAGGGCAUCUGCAUAGAGAAAAAUGGCGACAAGUUUCUCGUUCACGACGUGAAGUAUAGAUGUUACCGGUGUAUUGUGAUGCAUGCGCAACAUGUCAAUGUGCUGCAAUACAAAGAAACCUAUUGCACCGUCUUUUCAUCGGAACCGAGUCUGAUUACCAAAUGCAGCACGUUGACCAGUGACGCCACUCUGAUCUCUCUGUUUCGCUCCAAUGCAGCGCCGCUGCCCUGUCCCAUUAAGGGUCCCUUGGAGUUCACGUACAGCCAGGGUGAGGGCGAAUGCAACUGGCCGCGGUCACGGGCGGAAGCGUGCACGCAGGACUCGCGUCUGCUUCUGCGCUAUCAAGCGUGCGCCAACGUUCAUUCGUCCGAAAGCGUGGAUGUAGAAUUAGAGUGCCUGGCUCAUUGGAGGGAGGGUAGCACGAAUUACAUGGUCGCGCGUUUGAACAGCGAUCGUAACGAUCGCAAAACAAGCGACGAGGAGAGCUACAGAUGCUUUAUUUACACAAAUCCAUCCAACAACACGUGGAAUCUCGCGCAGAGCUCGGACGCCGCUUGCAAUGGAUUGAUCAGCGUCACCGAAGCUGCCAGGACAUUCAAAAUGACGCAAAAAAAGCCACCGCAGCGUUGCACGUAUCCGUCCUGGGUGGUGGCCGGUAAAUCGUGGGUGGCUUUGGAUCGAAUGGCGUCCCGUCUCUUGGCGUCGCCUUACAACCUCACGAUCCUCGACCGAAACGAGACCCGCCUUGUUUGCCAUUCAGUUGUCGCCAUUGAUGAUCAUCGUCAUCAUUAUUCCAUGUCAAUCGAUAAGGAGAACCAAAAGCAAUUCAUCGCGAAGGCGACGCGAGAUUGCAAAAACGGAUACGUGUGCGUCAUGUUCCAUAGGAGAGACGAACACGUAAUAGAGAUGCAACUGUCGGAAUGGCGCCAACAGUCCGACGACAUAUGCAAUGCGAGUACGUUCAAUUCGCACACGAUGCCGUACACGACGUUCAUCACAACCGAUCCGUCAACUCGGCAAUGCCCCAAUCUCGGUCGUUACGAAAUCGUGUCGUUGUUUCGGCCACCGCAUGCCGACAUCGAGAACUUAUUAACCGUCGAUGGUGAGCAGAACGUUGCCAACGCAGCGGAGGUGCACGAUGUGAGAAUGCCAUCCACGCCAUUCCCAAGCCAAUGUCAUCACGGCAGUGUUCGCAGAUUGGACAUCGGUUGCAGGACACCCGAUCGCAUGGAGUUUGCUACAUCCUGCAGCGACGAGGCAUUAUCCGAGUACUUAUGCCACGGAACUUGGAUCGAAAACGAUACCGCUUACUUGGUGGCUAGCACCGAUGUCGGACGUUACUGCCUCGUUUAUAGCGCGUCCGCCGCGACGACAGGAAGUCGUGAACUCUCGGUGACGGGCCAUCUCGCUUCCUGUCCGAGGGCCUCUCAUCGCCAUCCAGUCUCGUGGCAGGUGAACCUCACGUCGUACGCUCAAUGCGGUGAUAUUUCGUCGGCGACCACGUGGGCGCUUCGGGUGCCGGCGCCUCUUCUUUAUAUUGUCCUUCUCGGCGCGCUCCUCGCCAGAUAUAUCGCGAGGUGAUGCCACUGAGCCGAAACGCGCCACACAUCCGUGGCAAUAUAGUUGAAAGAGACUUUUAUUGCGAUCUUGCGUUUGUGGUGAUUAUAUAUAUAACGUUCUGGGAGACAGAGGUAAAACUAAUAAUCAAUCUUAGGGUAUAAGUGAGCGCGGGAUGCGUGAGGUGAGUGAAGUGAUUAAGAAAAAUAAAAGAGACAAGUCGGAAACGGGUAAGGUAUAUAUACAUAAUAUAUAAAUGCAUGUGCCAGGCCCGCGAAUGUGGCAGAGUCGAGUCCGGAAGCGAGGCUUUACGAAUGUACAUAAAAAUCGAUGCAUCCACGAAAUACGAUCUCCCUGUGCACGUUCCUACGCUACGAGAGAUCGAUCGAAAUGAUGAUAAUAUUAUUGCAGAAAGCAUUAUUAUGAGAGAAACUUUGUUAUCUUAUUAUGAAAAUAAGAAUAUUACAAAAGGAUAACAUAAUCAUUUAAUAAAGUUUGCAUUAUUGUGAUAUAAUGAUACCUAUUCAUAAAUUGUAAUUAAAUAGGAAUUUAUUGCUAGAGAAUGUGAUUUUAUGCAGCAGCUACAAAAUAUAUUCCUCCCUCUCAUUCCAAUCCUGUUAAUAACUGCAAUUACGGAAAUUAGCUCUUUUCAUUAUCACGCUCGAAUACCAUGAUUGUUACAGUUACGUUAAAUAUGCCGAAUUCGUUCUCUUCGUUUAUUACGUUCGUGUAACAGAGAACCUUGUUACAUUUCUCAUAGCAAGAACACGAAGCGAGAGCGUGUUGCGUGGUGGCUGUUUUCAUAGAUAGAAUCGGCGGUGGAUUUGUGUUACUAUAUAAUGGAAUACGUUUGCCUUUGAAGAUGCGAGAAACGACGACUUAAUGAUGCAAAUAUUGAGUUUCGCGAAAAAUGCUGCCUUCGAGGCCGCGAGACCGGAAAUAAUGAACAAUACACUCGGGCCCGAGAUUUAUGCUUUCAUCUUUCAAGAAUGAUAUCUCAUUACGAGAUUCAUUCACCAUCUAAUCUUGUUUUACAACAGCUGAAUAUUGUAAAAAUUCUUCUCCAUUCGGUAUUUUUUAGAUAUAUAAACAAGCUUUACUCAAAAAGAAAUUAUUUUCAUGUAAACUUCACUAUCUAAUUUUAUUCGAUAUAACGCAAUCUUCUUGCGCUUGUAUUAGUCGUCGCGUGAAAUGAUAUAAUAAUAAAAGAAAAUAAGGGUGCUGGGGCCAAUAUUAUACGAUACGAGUGUUGCUCAUAGAUUGAGAGGAAGUAAAAGCGAGAGAAAGGACGUGAUAGAUCUAUAACCACUUAUUUAGAAGUAGCUCCACAGCCACUGCCACAUUCGCUGGACACAUUCGACGCUUUUAAGCGCGAAACAUGUACUUAUUUAGGGAAGAAUAAAAAACUGCCACGUCCAACUUGUAAUUAUAUACGCAUUUCCAUUAAAAGCUUCGUGGCACGAAUCUCUCUUUGCCGAGAAGCAGAGGCUGUAAAAAGGAGAAAAAAAAAAGGAAAAAGCUGUACGAACGAUUAUUACUGUAAUUAUUACUACUAUCACUGUUAGUACGAUAAGGCAGAAUAAUGGACGAAGAAACGGACUCCUUACUCCUAUAAAGAAUCUCUCAUUUUCUUUUGUACAUCUCGCGGGAGAGAUAGUUAUCAGAGGAGCGUUUAGUCUGUAAGCUCUCUGUAAAAACGUUACAUUGAUCCGCUAUUGAACUUUAAUCCUCGUGCGAUAAAUGUGAGGUUGAAACCGGCUGUACGCCAUCGAAAGUUUCUAUAAAGAGAAAGAAAUCGAAAAAUCUCGACCGCGCGAAUCCUAUUGCGAAUAAUCGUAACGAAAACGUACCAACAAGAAAGAUUUCAAAUGAUAACACAAUCUGAAAUAAAUAUAAAAUAUUAUUGCUAUCAAUCUCAUUUUCUUUGAUGUAAAAAUAUCAAAUUUGCAAACGAUUUUAAUGUGUAAUGCGUGAUUAAUGAAGUUCAAUAACGAAUGUAAAAAGCGGCUUUAACAAAUGUUUGCUUAAUAUUUGAAUAAUUUAACUCAAUCAGAAUUUUUGCAAAAAAAUAAUUUGUUUUUUAAUAAGAUACUAAAUGAUAUACCGAAGCUAUAUAACAUAAAAAAGUGCAAUUUAAAAUAAAUAUAUUAUUCGAUUUAGUUAUUGAAUAAUGCAACAAAAAUGUGCAGCAGAAAAUCAUUGCAAUACAACAUAUCGUUAUCAAGAGAGUAAAGAAACAGUAGAUUAAGUUGCAUGUAAUAAAUAAUGUUUGAGUUUUCUUUUCAAAAAUUUAGAUUUAUAAUUUCAUGUGAUUUUUAAGAUAGUGAUAUAUUCGGAAAGAAUCUGAAAUUAGCAAAAGAGAUUCUAAAUUUUCUGUGAUUUCUUAGAAUUGAUAUUUACUGAGGGUAAACUAUUUUAACAUUACAUAGACGUCUUUUGAAAAAUUAAUUAAUUGAGUUAAUUAUAUAUUGGUUACAAAACACAAAAUAUUUAGUUAAAUAUAUACUAAAACAUUGAGAGUUACUGUAAAAAGAAGACAGAGAGGUUUUUAUAAGACGGUGCGAUCGUUUGAUACGAUUCUCCAACAAAACCAAUGUGUCGACAAAAUAUACAUAUUUUUUAUUCAAAAUAUUUUACUUACGGGCUUUCGCAAAACGGAGGGCGGGAGAGGUAUUUGACCGCGUAUUAAUCGAUUAUACAUAUACAUGUGGGGACAGCUAGAUAUAUAUGCAAAUAUAAAUAUAUAAAUAUAAAUACUAUAAAUAUAUAUAAUACGCGACAAUUCAAUGUUGGCUAUAAAUUGUACACUAUUAGAUAAAAUGAACAAGCUAUAGGGAAACAAUGAAAGAGAUAAUGGAUAUAGGUGACGAUCAAAAGACAGUAUUCAAUCAACAGCAUUCAUUCGAUUGCUUCCCACUGUGCUUAAUCCUUUACUGAGAAUAUGCCAUGUAUGCGACAGAAAUUAAUUGUUUUAAUUUUUUUUACAGUAAAGGAUUGUAUAAUGUAUAUUAUGUCUCUAAUAUUGACGAGAUUGCAUCCUCUGUAGUCAGGGAUUGCAAAUUGCGUGCGAAGUUUCUCCAGAACGUUAUCGAUAGAUUUCAGAGUGCCGGCUGUUCUAACUGCCGUAAAGAUACAGCUAUUGUCUUUCCUCAGACGCAACCGUGAUCCUCGAGAUACGUACAUUACGUUUCGUGCCCUGUCAGUUAGUGUUCUAUAAUGUAUAUCAAGCUAGUAUCAUCUUGGUUCUACAAAGUAGCUACUAGUAUUGUGCAGUAUCAGCAAAACACGAAAUAUACGAACCAUCUUGCGGACUAGGUUGCAUCUUAGGAUUGAAAGCUGCGGGAAAUUACUUGUACAUAAUAGACUUAAAGGAUUCGAAUAGUGACAAAUACGAUCGAGUGUCGAAUUUCGCAUCGAUACGACGAGAUACUCAGUGUAAAAAGAAGAGGAAGAAAGAGAACAAGCUGGAGGUGAAUUCAAUUUUAUGAUAGAUCGCGAGAGUGUAGAUUUCAGGGUAUUUAUAUCGAAGGUUACAUAGUUAUAUAUGCAAAUAUACAGAAAUAUUUAAAGAUAAAUUAUAUUGUGAAAAAAUAUAUAUAUAUACUACGUUUUUAUUGUUGUAAAGUUGGAACCGAGACGUCGACAAGAACAGACUCUGUUCUUGUGAUUACCUUGUAUAGUCCGUGUAGUUGCACUCGUGUUUGCUAUUAAGUUGCCUCUGUCAUCCUGUAAUAACGAUAUUCGAUUUCGCAUCGCGAAAUAGUUCUUUUUUUUUAAACGUUCGAAUCAAAUGUGUAAGAUGUGUCGCGAGAGAAAACUGUCGCUUUUUCUUCAUUUCGUCGCUUGUCUCGAAUUUGUGUACGUGGCAAAGAUUUUUAAAAGAGAUUUUCUUAAAAAACGACAAGCAUUACAUGCAAUGUGUAUUUAAGAAAAUUGUCAAAAAAUUGUCGAUAUUAUUCCUAUUUACCGGUGCAUGAAGAAGAAUUAAAUAACGUUUAAGCGAUUGAACAAAUUUAUCAAAUCCGGAUAUUUAUAAUGAAAACCGCGCAGGAAGACUCAUUCCUGUUCUCCUUAUGCAAUGUAACCGAACAUGCGCACACGUUACUACCUGUAGAAAAUACGACACAACGAUUAUUACCGUCUCUAGUCUUAGCGAGAGUUGUUUGGUAAUUUUAAUUAUUUUUCGUAUAAGAAAGAAAAGAACGGGGCGCCGCUAACUGAUAUUUAAGCAUGCGAAUUGAUUUGCGGGAUCGAGGAUGACGAAGAAUUUCUCCUUGCGGCCUUCCAUUCUCGAAUCGGAUGCAGAAGAAAUCUGGUCGACUUCGGCAUUUUUAUCUGCGUGAACGAAUCCGGAUGUAUCUCGAGGCUUCCUCUUUCCGUUACGAUUCGCGACGUGUUAUCCUUAUCGAUAGCGUACGGCUCGGUGAUUUAGCGCCCUUCGAAUUUCAAUUGGAGGCAGCGUUACUGUACACAAUUUAAGGCAUCUCAAUAUACCCGCAAUAACGACGAUAGAUUAAGAAUAAUCUUUCACGGUGUAAAGUCACCCGAUACACUUUUCACUAAGGAAUAUGUCGGCUUAUGUACGUACGUGCGUAUGAGCGGAUAAUAAAAUGAGAAGUUAAAGGAAGACGACAUCGAUUUUAUUGAAAUUACUAUUGUAUGUAACUAUAAUGAAGGGGAAGAGAGAGAAACUAUGCAGAGAGUCGACGAAAAUGUUUUGCACCGUGACACGCGCGAUCUGAUGGUACUACUACUCUAAAAAUUUCCACACGCUUGAAAGCUAUCGAGAAUCUAUAAAUAACUGAGUGUUUUACUAUUGGAUUAAAAUAUUACAAUGAUACCUAUUAAUGUAAAUGGUUUUUCAUUAU